CCCCCGAGCCCCCGAGAGGUGACGUGAGUGUCAGGCCCGAGGUGGGAGCCCGGGCUUCCCUACUUGGCUCCAGCAACGUCCCCACGGCCUGGCCCUGGAUGAGCAACACCAGUAAUAAGAGAGCACCGACCACAGCAACCCAGAGGCUUAAACAAGACUACCUUCGAAUUAAAAAAGACCCAGUGCCUUAUAUUUGUGCUGAACCCCUCCCUUCGAAUAUUCUGGAAUGGCACUAUGUUGUCCGGGGACCUGAGAUGACUCCUUAUGAAGGUGGCUAUUACCAUGGAAAACUAAUUUUCCCCAGAGAAUUUCCUUUUAAACCUCCUAGUAUUUAUAUGAUAACUCCCAAUGGAAGAUUUAAAUGUAAUACAAGGUUAUGUCUUUCAAUCACUGAUUUCCACCCUGAUACAUGGAAUCCAGCUUGGUCAGUCUCAACAAUCUUGACGGGUCUGCUCAGCUUUAUGGUGGAAAAAGGCCCCACAUUGGGCAGCAUAGAAACUUCAGACUACACAAAAAGGCAACUUGCUGCGCAGAGUUUGGCAUUUAACGUGAAAGACAAAGUAUUUUGUGAAUUGUUUCCUGAGGUGGUGGAGGAGAUAAAACAAAAACAGAAAGCACAAGAUGAACUCAGUAGCCGACCCCAGCCCCUCCCAUUGCCAGAUGUGGUCCCUGACGGGGACACUCACCACGGUCAGAAUGGGCUUCAGCUUCUAAACGGGCACGUGCCGAUGGCUGGCCCCAACCACGUGGGCCUGCAGCAGGCCAACCGCAACCACGGACUCUUGGGAGGCGCUCUGGCCAACCUGUUUGUCAUAGUCGGCUUUGCCGCCUUUGCCUACACAGUCAAGUACGUCCUAAGAAGCAUAGCCCAGGAAUGAGCCGCACGCCGGGAUUCCAAGACCUUGGUCGGAGCGAAACGAGUGAGACUCUGGGCAGCGGAGCAUGACCCUGGGACAGAUGACAACCAAGCUGGGUCUGGUCCUGCUGGGCUCCUGGGGUUUAGUUUUGGAAGCCUUUACAAAACACAAACAAAGCCAGAUCCCAGAGCGGGCGCAGCUGGGAUCUGAGAAAUAUGUGAGAGUCUUGAAUUCCUGUCUUCUUAACCUCCCUGUGUGUCUGUGGCUGUAGAGCAACUCAGCGCUGUGGAUGAGAAGCCGGCGCCCUUAACGCUCGGUCUCUUAGCACCGGCCCCUAUUCAGUUUGUUGGACCUGUUUGAAGUAAACACGUUUUUCGUUUUACAUAAUUCGGUCGAUGCCUAGCCCUUGUUGUACGUACUGUUUUUAGUUUAGGUGAAGGACUCUGAUCUGGAAUGAGACAGAAGUGGCCAGUAUCAAACUUGGGAGGGUGGCCUGGGGGGCUCACUGGACUGCCCUGCAGGAGCCUGAAUGCUCCCCAUUUCACGGCUGAUCUUCAGCCAUGCUUUGUGUUGGCUAAUUGGUUUUUUGGUUUUUGUUUUUUGUCAAAAUGGAUGUCUUAAUAAGGCUUAGGAGGAACUCUUAGGAGUUCAGGUAGCCAGUCACCUGUUAGAUGCUUCUGCUGGCCAGUGACAAACUUUUAGACUAAUCCAGGGCCAUCAUCGAUUUAUCUCAGCAUUUUUAGUCUAUGUUCACUUAGAAUGACAAAAGAAAUGACUUUUAGGAAGGGGUUUUUUCCUUCUAUACCACCCUCCCCUCUCUCAAAAACGUGAAAUUAAGAUUCUGUUUUGCUUUCUGAUCGCAAGAUGUCAUUGUUUACUUAAAUAAAUCUGCAGAGAAACUGACA